CAGCGAGGACGCGCCUCUUCGCAGGUGGUUAAGGAACCCGAAGCGCGGUCACGGACAGUCUGAGACGACAGCGAGGACGUGUGCGACCUCGGCCGAGGAAGCGAGGGAGGAAGGAACGAGUCGAGUGCAGGCGGAUUAUUGUUAUUUUUAUUAUCAUUAUUAUUAUUAUUAUAUUUAUGAGAGGACCAGAAUGACUGUGAUGUGACGCUCACGUUGAAGACUUUUUAAUUUGCCAGUGAAGCUGCAGGACAGAGGAGAGGAGAGAUCAGUCGGUGUGAUUUGAGCCCGGGAUCCACUUUCUACACUUUUUUCUUUUUUUUUUUACACUUUUUACUGUGCUGUGUGGGCGCGACGCGGAGCUCCCGUGUUACUCUGAGCUGGUGACCCGCCGAGGAUUCAUGUCUGACAUGUGAUGGCGGCGACCUCCGCGUGACCACCUUCCGGUGCUGGUCCAGCCCCAGCUGGCGCUCCGUGGAAACGGGUUCGAGGACAGCGAAGAGCGGACGGGCCUGGAACGUAGCCGCACCCGCGAGCGGACGCUUCCUGCAUGGGAGGAGCUUAAAUAGAGGGGUGAUCUGGGAAGUCGGAGGACGGACCUCCCUCGGCACCCGUCACCGGUGCGGCAGGGCAGCGCCCCUCGGGAGGUCGGGAGAUCACGCCGGCGGGGCCGCAGCUAUGGACGUUGAGGCGCGGCCCCUCCCCUCGCGCCUGGUGACCCCGUGGCCUGCCCCACCAUGCCGAACGAGGCCACCACCUACAUCUACAUCGCGCUGGAGCUGCUGAUCGCCGCGCUCUCCGUGCUCGGCAACGUGCUCGUCUGCUGGGCCGUGUGCCUCAACAGCAACCUGCAGAGCGUCACCAACUUCUUCGUGGUGUCGCUGGCGGCGGCCGACAUCGCCGUGGGCGUGCUGGCGAUCCCCUUCGCCAUCGCCAUCAGCACGGGCUUCUGCGCCCACUUCUACGGCUGCCUCUUCAUCGCCUGCUUCGUGCUCGUGCUCACGCAGAGCUCCAUCUUCAGCCUGCUGGCCAUCGCCAUCGACCGCUACAUCGCCAUCAAGAUCCCGCUGCGGUACAACAGCUUGGUGACAGGGCAGCGAGCCAAGAGCAUCAUUGGCGUGUGCUGGGUGCUGUCCGUGGUCAUCGGCCUCACGCCCAUGCUGGGCUGGAACAAAUCCAACUCGAGCAAUGACACGUGCCCCGUGGGCAUGAUGGCGUGCCUCUUCGAGGCCGUGGUAACCAUGCAAUACAUGGUCUACUUCAACUUCUUCGCCUGCGUCCUGCUGCCCCUGCUGCUCAUGCUGGCGAUCUACCUGCGCAUCUUCAUGGCCGCCCGGCGCCAGCUCAAGAGGAUGGAGCUGAAGGGGAUGGGGCCACACGGGGAGAAGUCGCGCUCCACCCUGCAGAAGGAGGUCCACGCCGCCAAGUCGCUGGCCAUCAUCGUCGGGCUCUUCGCCAUCUGCUGGCUUCCACUGCACAUCAUCAACUGCUUCACCCUCUUCUGCCAGGGGUGUGGCCACGCGCCCGAGUGGGUCAUGUACCCGGCCAUCCUCCUGUCCCACGCCAACUCGGUGGUCAAUCCCUUCAUCUACGCCUACCGCAUCCGCGAGUUCCGCUACACCUUCCGCAGGAUCAUACGCCGCCACAUCCUGGGCCGCCGGGAGCACUUUGAGGGCGGGGGCAGCGCUCGCACCUCUGCCCGCGGCAGCCCGGCCGUCACCUGCGCCACCAAGAUCAACGGCUGCUCCCUGGACGGGUACGCCCGCCACGUGGAAGGCGGCGGCAACAGCCCCGAUCCAUGCAAUGGACGCAAAAGGGAAGUGAAGACUCCAAGCAGCGGCGCGCCCCGCUGCCCGUCAGUAUGCGUUCCCAGCGGUCACCUGGUGGAGGUGCCCCUCACGCCUCAACCGCAGCGGGAGUCGGGGUCAGAGGUCACGGAGGCAUCGCUCAAGCCGCUGUUCUACCAGCAGGUGGUCCAACGGCCGGAGCUCACGCAGGUGUCGUGAAGUCGCGGGUGGGAACGGCGGGAGUUGUGCUUUGCUGGUGCCGCAAUGUGCCGAUUGUUUAGUGCCACGCCCUCCAGGAAGGAGGCGGAGCAAGAGUUAAAGGGACCAUCCGCAGGGUUGAGAAGUGCUGGCCUCACCUGGAGGGCAGCAAGGUUGAAGAUGACCUCGAAAGCUACAUCUUGAGGUGCUCUUCACACCGUUCUGUGUCCCUAAGCCAGCCUCGGGCUUUAUACAUACAGAAGGAGAGGGGGGACAGAGUUUGCUGACUUUUAAAGACCCCUCCCCCACCACACCCAAGCCACAGAGGGGAGUGGAUGAACUCAGGGAGGACAGGCAGGUGCCCUCUUACCCCUCCACGACAAAUAUUAUCAUGCUGCUUGAGGUCUUGACUGCUGUGGCGGGUGCUCUGCUGCCUUUGUGGGGAGGAGCCACAUUCACAGGGUUUUCGUCCCACACAGCAGGUUGAAGCUGGGACUCGAACCCGAUCACAGCCAGGUUCACAGUCAGGAGCUGUGGGACCCACUCUGUUGGACAGUCUUUUUUUUUUAUAUGAAACAUUAUUUAUGGAAUAAAUGUGAGACCAGGCAUUUCGUGAACGUUGGUGGUUUUUGUGUCAUUUUUCACACUGCUGUCAUCGAUGUCCUCAUCCUUGUCCUCGUUGUCGGCUGUACUUUUUUCUUAUUUUGCAAGCACUGCAGAUGAACGACCGGCUUCGGCUUCGGUCCCUGAAGUAGAAGUUCUGGACUGACGUGCCAGUUUGGCCCAUCCUUUAACAUGAUGGGAGGUUUUGCACGAGAUAGCUCCGAAACGGCAAUGUACCUUUGCACUAAGCGGACCAUAAAUGUGUCCGUUGACGGUGAGCAGACAGCAGUGACAUCACUCCUGGCAAUAAUAUGGUGGCCAGCAGAUCUCGAAUCCCUAAUGAUGUCUCGUUCAACAAGAAUGGAUGUGUGAUAAAUCAUCGAAUUCGCCGAAACCUUACUGUAGCUUAAAGACAAGCCACGCCCUCCUGGCGUUCAGCCAGGUAAGACCGGUUCGGUGUUGAAGUCAACCUGGAAGGGGGUUCCACUUCAUUUAUUGCAACGUGGCUCACUCGUAAUCCCCAACAUUUCCUCUUCUCAUCUGAGCAUCCGAUCCUCCUGUCCGCACGCUCUGCGGUCGUGUUUUUUUGGUGACCGGUGUCGGUCAAGGUGGAGAAUCAGAUCGAAACAAAAUUCUCCGUUUGCCUUUUUGGUUUCUUUCUAGGUCUUGAGGAAACCUUCUCCCACCCUGUUAUGUAAUUAGCCCAUGACGUUCAGAAUUCCUCUCACCCAAGUGAGGAAAUCUUUUUCUAAAUACCUCCAUAGUCAAACUAAGUGGGAGUUUUAAACAUUUUUUUUUUUGCAUUGCCGAAUAAUUAAGCACUUUCUCGUAACCUGUACUUGACACCUGAAACAUUCAACUAGCAAAGAAAAUCGUGCAGAGAGAGGGCGGCCGGCCGGCGGUUGGGCUUUGAUUGCAUUGAUGCGUUCGACAUCUGGCAUUUCAGUUAAACCCGCCGUGUCCUCCGAACAUCCUCUCGACAUCCCUUUCUCCAUCUGUUUCUUCGAUAACACCGCAGGCUGGGCUGCAGAAAUUUCUAGAUGUCUCCCAUGAGAAUUUUGCGAGUGAAGCAACUUGAAAUUCUCAAGACUUUUUUUUUUUCUUUUUGUUUCCAAGCACACCGGACUGCCGGAUCAACAAACACCGAUUUUCGUUCCCGUUACAGCGGAUUUUUCCCGCUCAUACUGCUGGAUGUUGUGUCGGAGCAGCUCAGGUUAAGUACCUUCCUCAAGGGUUCUACAGCAGGUCCCCUCCUCCAGCCACGUCUGUGCUCAAAAGUGCAGCAGCCUGAAUGUGGAUCUACUUGGUUCUCUAUUUCGUGCUAAAUCUAUAUUCUCUCAAGACCCAAAGAAAAGGUAUUUGGACAUAUUUCUAAGAUUUCAAGGACGUUGCUGAAGCUACACCCCUAAAUGAGAAGUAUCAUGUAAAACCAUAGAAUGUCCCCUGUACGGUGCAUUAAGAUUCAGAACUCUAGGCUGCACAGUUUUGGAGAUACACUGAAAAAUGAGAUGUCCUCUAGAGUGGGCAAAAGUGAAUUUUGCGUUUCAGGGGAUAAUGGAACCUGGUAGCAUGGUUUUUAGGACUUCGGGUCUUUGAAGUCUUAGGAUGGGCCGUGCUGUUGCUGCCUGUUUAAGCUCCUUACCCAGAAUGCCUCCAGUGAAAUAUGUGACAUAAUUUUCAACAUAUUAAUAUAAUGACAGUAAUGCGGUAUCGUAACGAAACACAUCGCUAUGCUCUGUGACAAGGCGGUCCCUCGGUUGACACCCAUGAGUUGUCCAUUUUCUUAAUGGGCCAAUUGAUUGAUAACUAAUUGUCUUUAUGAAGCUUUUAUUAGGAGGAACAUCAGGGACUAUAAAUUAAUAUCAGGCUUUAAUUACUCGCUGUAUCUACUGCACCCUCAUUUAAUGGCUCCUCAUGAAAGGUCAAACGAUUAAAGGGGACGUUGCUGGGAACUGUAAAAGUUGGACUUGCGAUGCUCCACACAUCUUCACUGGCUUCUGGUGAAGAGAGUCCCAGCCGACCAACCGAAAGCGUGCAUGAGUCGAACCUCCCUGAGUUUGUGCACAUGCCCCCCGUUGGUGGGGGACGUAGCAAAUGGGUAAGAACUAGCUGAGGAUCAGAGCCAGAUCGUUGUACGGUGAGGUCUUCCAAACACGUGACUGCCCAUAGCGUGGCCUUCUGCUCGCAGGCUUCCUGCAGUGGGGCCCUCAGUAGGAAAUGGGGUCAAGGCCCUUCCUCGCAAACACUUCGAUGCCACUGAUUUGUCAUUUAAAUUUAUAUUGUGUCCCGUUUUUGAGUCAUGACCUAAAUGUUGUGCCGAUGAUACAUGCUUUUGAGAACCAGUCCUUGCUGGCCGCUGAUGUCAAGGUGCAGCCGUGGACUUAUUCUGUUCUCUACCCUCUCAGAGACCUGGGUUUACCAUGAAACAACCACAUUCCCCGUGAUCUUGUGUUUUCUGUAUCGAU